GGAGCCAUUGAAAAUUGGGUGCCAGAUUCAAACCGAAAAAAUCACACUCACUUAUAUUUUUUGGCCGAGUAACAUAUAUACAUAUACUGAAGCAAAUAAGAAAACAAGUCAUAAAUCACAAUGAGCGAUGAACAGUUUCCGCAUUUUCAGCCUAGGGUGUCCGAGGAAAACGAUGAAAUCUCUAGUGAUAUGACUUUAGAUCGACCAAUGUCACCACCACCAGAAGAAAUUGUGGAGGCUAUGGAAAUAAGUGAAGAUCCGCCUUCAUUAGCCGAAUCAGAAGCUCCGAUUUCCGCGACUCGCAGGAGUGCAAGUAGUGAUAGAAUUCGUAAGGAGCUUCAAGACCAAUCAAGCGAGCCGAACACAAAUUCGAGAAAACCCAAUAGAGGAAAGGUGCAGAAACAGAGAAGGGCUCUAUCGGGUAAACAUGUGAUCACCUGUCGCAAUUGCGAAAAUCCUCUGAUCUGUUUCCCGGAUCGCACCAAGUACUUUACUUGCGCCGAGGUCGAUGGCCAACUUUUUAAAAUCAAACCGAUUAGUGCCACAUUGGCACUGAAUCAUAUCCUGAAAAAACACACGAAACGGGCGCCCUCAAAAAAAAAUUAGUUAAGUGUUAAAUUAAUGAUACAAGAACAAAAUUUACCAAAGGUCGACCUUCGCCAAAAAAAAAUUUUAAUGUUAAAAUAAUUUUGAAAGGUACACAGAGAAAAUAAAAAACCCAAAACUGGUCAUCAAUCGGGUAUUUUUGCUUAUCAAUUUUGAUCCCCUAUGUUGCCAUAUCAUAUUCAUAUUUUCGAACAUGACAUUGAUAUUUUCGAACAUGUCAAUUUGGUAUUUUUCAUACCAGAUUCAUAUGCGCACUUAUCAAAGUUGUGACCAAAUUGUG